AUGUCGGGAAUAUUCCACAAGAGUUGUUACACGAGACGUAGCUCGGGAUACAAGUAUCGUACCCUGGCUACGAAUACUGGAGACCGGGUGAAACCACGCGAAGUAGAGGACAACGGCUUCGAGAAGAAAUUCAGAGAACUGAGGAGGGCAAUUACUACGAGAGUGAAUAAAGAAGUAAAUCGGACACAUAAAGCUAGAGAUUCAAUAAUGAAUAAGUUUGAAAAACUCGAUAAUAAAAUAAAUUCGAUGAUAGAGUUGCAGAACACAGUGGCUUUGUUGAGAAAUGAUUUGCGCUCAAUGGGAUACGCUUUGCAACAAAUGACAAACAAAGUGGACAUCAUCGAAACCCUGACCGCUAGGGGAGAAAUGUACAGUUUGCAGUCUCAGAGACAGUCUCUAAGGUCCCAGGCUCCAACGAUAAAGGAGGAGGUUGAGGACCAUGAUUCCAUAGUCACCCACAUUUAG